AUGUUCAAGUUGAUAGCGAUCAUAGCGCUGGCGGUGGUAAUCAUUGUUCUCAAUGGUGCGACCAUCAUAGCCGGUUGGCUGUUUCCUAGACUAUUCAGAGCCUCCUCGAACCACCUGGUACUCAGCCUCGCUUUUUCGGAUCUGGGUGUGGGUUUGGCGACACUCCACAGACUAGCCGAACUCUUUGAUCCGUCUUUCAAUGACCAAAAGUACUUGUGCAUACUUAGGCACGUCUUUUCUUGUGGCACCUUUAGCGUCAGUGGCUUGAACAUCCUGUCAAUAGCUGCCGAUCGUUACAUAGCAAUCAAGUACCCUAUUCGGUAUCCAAGAUACGUGACCAAGGGGGUGAUAAAUAUUGUGGCGAUCGGCAAUUGGUGCGUGGCUUUUUUGAUAUCCUCGGUACCCCUCUACUGGAACGUGUACGGCUCGACCGAGACGCAAAAGUGCGAAUUCCUGAAUGUCCUGCCCAGGAUGUACUUCAAUGUAAUUCUAGUACCGACGUUCGUGAUAACAUUGAGCAUUCUUUUCUUAUUCAACUGUUUGAUCUGGAGAGAAACAAGGGCGCACUUGCGUAUGUCACAAGAAAGGAUGCAAGAGCUCGGCUUGGACGGAAAGUGCAACUCCAGCAAGAACAAUCAGGUUGUACUUUUAGUCCUGGGCUGUUUCACGCUCUGCUGGUUUCCCUACUUGGCUCUAUCGUUUAUCGUACUAUUUGCCGGACUCACGGGUCCUUUGAACCCGAUCAAAGAGAUAGCGUUUUUUGUAUGCAUAUCCAACAGCGCUUUCAAUCCGUGCAUUUACGCGUGGAGUAACCCCAACAUUCGCAAAGCCUUCCGUACCUCGAUAGGACGUCGAGCGUCGGCCCAGGACGAGUAG